CCAGGUGGUUAAAAAUGAAACUAUUUUUUAUUGCGCUUGUAGUUUUAAUUUCGGCUUGGGAAGCACUAGCCGAGCAAAAUACCUACGAUCGCCCAAUCAUACCAGAAAUGGUGAGAAUCGGCAAACGCUCGAUCACAUCAGAAAAUGUGCAUAACAUUGUGGAGAGGAGCGCAGAGUCAAUGCCAUGCAUCAACCUAAACGUUUGUAUGCCCGACGGAUCAACGCGGGGGUAAUGUGGGUCCGUUUUAUCCAUAGAAGAUAAAUAUAAAUGUGCGUGAGCACAUAGAAUUUACCCCUUCAUCAAUAUUUAAAUUUCUCUCGUGUUUCAUCAGUUCUCAUCAUCGUUAUCAGGUUACUGUGAUUGAUUGGUAAGUGUUUCGCAGUUGAUUAUAAAAUAAAGGGUGUGUCACAUCAAAUUGCAUCACGGAAAAAACGCUGUAGAAAUUUAAUUUUUAGGAAUUAUAUCUUUAGCUUUCGCUUAUAAUCAGAUAAGAGUGUAUAGAUCACGUUGGCCAUGCUUCACUGUCAAUUUUUCGUAAAUUUGGAAAAAUGUCGUCGAACGAAAAAGAGCGUCGUGAAUUAAUCCUGUGCACUCAUUUCGAGAAUCCGGAGUUGUCACAUCGGGACAUCGGUAAGAUGCUGGGAAUCGUCCAAUCCACGGUCAGCAGAGUACUAAAACGAUACUUCGAGAACCUAACCAUCGACCGGAAGGUGAAAAACGGCAAAAAUGGAUGCUCCGUCAGUGAAAAAGAUCACAAGCGCGUAGUUAAGCAGUUUAGACGUGAUCCGAGAAGUUCGGUCCGGGAUGUCGCCAAUAAGCUGAAUUUGUCAAGUUCAUUCAUCCAGCGGACCAAGCUACGGGAGGGCCUGCGUACAUACAAGGUUCAGAAGGCUCCUAACCGCGACGAAAGGCAAAACAUGGUGGGGAAGACGCGAGCCCGGAAGCUGUACACCGAAAUGCUGACGAAGCCACAUUGCCUGGUAAUGCACGACGAAACCUACGUCAAAGCGGACUUUCGUCAGCUGCCGGGCCUGUUGUUCUUCUCCGCAGAGGACAAAUUCAGCGUUCCGGAGGAGAUUCGCAAGCAGAAACUAUCCAAGUUUGCCAAAAAGUACAUGGUGUGGCAAGCGAACGGCUCUUGCGGAAAGCGAAGUGCCCCCUUCGUGAUGACCGGCACGGUAAACGGGCAGGUUUACCUUAAGGAGUGCCUACACAAGCGCUUACUACCACUAUUGAAGCAGCACGAGGGCCCGACCAUCUUAUGGCCGGAUCUCGCUUCGUGCCACUAUUCAAAGGACGUGUUGGAGUGGUACGAAGCCAACGGGCUCACCUUCGUGCCAAAGGAAAUGAACCCGCCCAACGCGCCGGAGCUUCGCCCAAUAGAGAAAUAUUGGGCGAUUAUGAAGCAGGCCCUCCGGAAGAACCCAAAAGUUGUCAAAUCGGAGGCGGACUUCAAGAGAAAAUGGAUUUCUGUUCAAAAAAACUACAACCUGACGUUGUACAGAACCUUAUGGACGGGGUAAAGAGAAAGGUGCGAGCAUACGGGCUUGGGCUCGAAGUAUGAAUAAAAAGAAAAUGCCAAAAGUUGUUUAGUAGUUUUUAUUUUACUGUCUAAAAUUUUCAAAAGGAUCGGUCUACUGGGCGAAUUUCUACAGCGUUUUUUCCGUGAUGCAAUUUGAUGUGACACACCCUUUAUAAUCAAGUGUAAUGUAAUUUUCGUUCAAAAUAUUACAAAGUAAAGUGUCCGAAAUUUGAUUUUUUUUAUAAAUAGUGUUUGAUUCUUAUUCGCUUCAUUUGAAUAGCUCGAUUGUCUUGCGUUGCUUUCUUCAGAAAUUCAAAUGGCUUACGCCGAAAAAAACAAAUGGCUUCAGUAUUCUUGGACAUAAAGGGGGCCUUUGAUUCUGUUUCAAUAGAGGUUUUGUCAGACAAAUUACACUCUCGGGGUCUGCCGCCUCUAUUGAAUAAUAUUUUAUAUAACUUGCUUUGUGAGAAACAUUUGAACUUUUCUCACGGAGAUUCGGCAGUAAGUCGGUUCUCUUACAUGGGCCUCCCCCAGGGCUCAUGUUUAAGCCCCCUUUUAUACAACUUCUAUGUAAGCGACAUCGACAAUUGCCUUACACAAAAUUGCAGCCUAAGACAACUUGCAGAUGAUGGAGUGGUGUCUGUCGUAGGAUCAAACGAAUUCGACCUGCUAGAACCCUUACAAGAUACUGAACGAUUUUUCAACCUGGUCCAUUGGGCUAGGGAUCGAAUUCUCCACGAAGAAAACAGAGAUGGUGUUUUUUUUCUAAGAAGCAUAGACCAGCAAAAUCAAAAAGCUUCAACUUUUGGGUAAACCGAUCACUCAUGCUAUGUCAUUCAAGUAUCUUGGGGUAUGGUUCGACUCCAAAUGUACUUGGGGGGCCCAUAUUAGGUAUCUGAGUAAAAAUGCCAACAAAGAAUAAACUUUCUCUGUACAAUUACCGGCACCUGGUUCGAUACAACAUUAUAAGAUCUUCGGGAUGGGCGAAGAUCUUAUAAUGUUGUAUCGAACAACUAUUCUCUCAGUGAUGGAGUAUGGCAGUUUCUGUUUUCAAUCAGCUGCCAAAACACACCUCAUUAAACUCGAGCGAAUUCAGUAUCUUUGUCUCCGUAUUGCGUUGGGAUGUAUGCCCUCAACGCAUACCAUGAGUCUCGAGGUUUUGGCAGGCGUACUCCCACUAAAAGAUCGCUUCAAUUUAUUAUCUCUUCGGUUCCUCAUCCGGUGUAAGGUUAUGAACCUAUUGGUGAUCGGAAAUUUUGAGCAGCUGAUCGGGCUAAAUUUUCAUUCUGGAUUCAUGACUUCAUAUCAUGAAUUCAUCUCCAUGCAGGUUGAUCUAUAUUCCCAACCGUGUUUGUUUUCCUGACUACGUCAAUUCCUCUGUACACUUUGAUCUGUUCAUGAAGGAGAAAAUCCAUGAAAAUCCAGAUUAUCUUAGAUUGGGGUUCGUUCCUACGAUCUUCAAUGCAAAGUAUGGGCGUGUCAAUUGUGAUAAUAUGUACUUUACUGAUGGGUCAUCUAUGAAUGAGUCCACAAGAUUUGGAGUGUUCAACGAAUUUUUUAGCACCUCACAUAGUCUUCAGAAUCCUUGCUCAGUGUAUAUUGCUGAAUUGGCAGCAAUUCAUUGGGCGUUGGACAGCGUCGCCUCACGACCUGUUGAACACUAUUACAUUGUAACGGAUAGUCUUAGCUCUGUCGAAGCUAUCCGUUCAGUGAGGCCGGAAAAGCACUCGCCGUACUUCCUUGAGAGAAUACGAGAAAUUUUGAGUGCUUUAUCCAGAUGCUGUUAUGUCAUUACCUUUGUCUGGGUCCCAUCACAUUGCUCAAUUCCGGGUAACGAGAGGGCUGACUCAUUGGCAAAGGUAGGUGCAAUUGAAGGCGAUAUUUAUCAGCGUCAAAUCGCCUUCAAUGAAUUUUAUUCUUUAGUCCGCAAAAAUACCAUCGCUAACUGGCAACGCAAGUGGGAUGAAGAUGAAUUGGGCCGUUGGUUUCACUCGAUUAUCCCUCAGGUUAGCCUCAAUCCGUGGUUCAAAAGUCUGGAAUUGAGUCGGGACUUUAUUCGCACCUUCUCCCGACUCAUUUCCUGUUCGUUAGAUGCACUACUCUUUCGUUUCAAUCUUGCCAGCAACAAUCUCUGUGUUUGUGGCCAAGGUUAUCGCGACAUCGAGCACGUUGUUUGGUCGUGUGAGGUUUAUCUGGUCGCCAGAUCGAAUUUAGAAAACUCCCUUCGGGCCCGAGGAAGACAGCCCAAUGUGCCGGUGAGAGAUGUGUUGGCUCGGUUAGACCUUGAUUACAUGUCCCAUAUAUAUGUUUUCCUUAAAGCUAUCGAUCUUCGUGUGUGAUUGUCCCUACAUCCUUAUACCCUCCUUUCCUUCCUUUGCGGGUAAUUCGUCCCCUAGCUAUGAAUAGUAGAAUAAGUUGAAAUGUAAAUAAUCUAUAGAUAUACGAAUAGAUUUAAGAAUUGAGUGUUCAUCAACAUUGUUACAAUUUCCUUAUGUCCCAUCCUUCUCCUAAAAAUAUGUCACCCUUCUAAACUCGAGUACACCGCGAGUAAUCGGUUUUCCACCUUACUAACCAUAGAUGUAAGAAAAUUGUUUAUAUAUAUAUAGUUUUAAAAUUAUAUUUAAGAAUUCGGCUCCUUUAAACUUAAGUUACUGAGCCUGCAUAAAAAACUAAUUAAUAAAAAAAAAUUUGAAUAGCAUUUUAUUCGAUGAUUUUUUUUUAUGUUUUUAAUCAAAUAGGUACCAAAGUAGAAAGCUUAAAAGCACAUUGAACUAAUAUAUUACAAAUAUCAAUCAAAUAAUACCUGUGCAUAAAGUUGAGAUCUGUUUUCAGCAUCAAACACCUUAAGUGUCCGAAAUAUGAUCCAGGACGGUAAUUGAUUGGUAAAGUAAUUGUUUAUUCAGCGAUAGCAAGCAAGCAUAUACACUGUAGUAAAAAUACAAUGCAAAAAUACUAAUUGAUCGAGGUGUAAUGGAACUUUAUAAAGUUACCAUGUUUGUUUACAUUGCGCUACGUAGACAACUUAAUUAUAAUUAAUUUAGGGUAUACACAAAAAAGAAAUGCUUGUAAUGAAUCAAAAGUAGUAUAAUAAGAUAACAAUUCAUAAACUCGGAUCCCUUAAAAAAGAUGAUAAAGUUGCUAUGAAUAAACUGAUCAGACGUCCUGCGUUACGCGGAACAGUCCCGCAUUUCAACAAAAUGUCCCGCGUAAGAUUACGUCCCGCGAAACGUCCCGCAUUUGGCAAAAGGAACGAAAAUGUCCCGCGAUAUCAAUAUAUUUCAAUAUUACAAUUUGAUCAUGUUGAUUUUCUUAAAUGGAUGAACCACAAAAUGAAACUUUUAUUCGUCAGACUGUUCAAGGGCGCUUCCAAUGCAUUCAACGAUUAAUACGUUGAGCUGGUUUCAUCGCACCGACAGUGGACUUUUUGUUUAGAGAGUGUCAACAGGAAACGACAGCAACAAAAUCGGAAAAUUGAUUUUUAUAAAGAUUUGAUUUUUAUAAAGAUCUAUUUUUAAGAUUUUUAUAAAGAUUUAUAAUGAUUUUUAUAAAAGUCCCCUAUUGAUCCGCAGGGACCAACGUGAGUCAAACGAAAAGUUCAUCUUUGGCCUUCUAGCUCGGUCAGGGCUUAACGUAAGCUCUAGUGUAUGCUGGACAGGAAGAGGCAGGGUUAUUUGAUGAAGUAUCGCAAAUGAAACAAAUGUUGGCCGGAACCUCAAUCAUCGCUGAUGAAAAGAUGUAUGUCGACAUGUUCUUUUACCUUUCCGUGACUUUGGUAGUCAGCUAUCUCUCCAUUUUGGCCAUUCGCUUAAAAGUUUUCUAUAGGCCGCAGCUGGGGUAUGUUGAGAAGGUUGGCGGUCUACGCGACAAUGUUUAUCUCCAGCUUUUAGUCUUCCAUUAUGAGCACGAAAAGAAGUUUUUCACUUCUUUCGCAGGAAAGAAGUUUUUCACCAGCACUUGAAGCUACUCCUUCUGGGUGAUUGCCUGCUGCUCAGAUUUCCUGCUGCCGGUCUCGUCUGACGCUUCCGCAUUAAAAUGUCCAUUUUGGCCAGAUUCUCCUUCACCGUUUGGUCGGUUGUUUCAAUCUCCCGCCUUAAGGAGCGACAGGGAGAGGAUGUUGUAAAUACCAGAUCGGCUAUAUCUGGCGGACACAAAGUGUCUCAGGAUGUCCAACUCCUUUGCCGUGGGGUGAAGCUUAUAGUACGAAAAAAUCAUGAAGUUGCUUGACAGUGCUGCUGCUGCUUACCAACAGCCCUGAAUAAUUUUUGUUGUAGUCUUAAUAAGCGUAAUA